AUGGCAACCACCCCUUCGCCACCCCGUCCAACCGUUGAGGUCGUCGCAGACUUUGUGACGGAGCAGCUCGAGGCGCAUCGGAAGGCUUGGCGGGAGAAGGCGUCGCAGAAAGACGCAAGAUCGCCGCCUCUCGUUUUGGGUGUUCAGGGUCCGCAAGGUUCCGGCAAAUCCUACCUCGCCUCUGGUCUCCCUGCACUCCUCGCCUCGCAGAAUCCUCCCCUCCGUACCGCCUCGCUGUCCCUCGACGACCUGUACCUCCCUCACUCCGGUCUUUCCGCCGUCGCCCAGGCUGACCCCAGCAACAAGCUCCUGUCUGGUCGAGGACAGGCCGGAACGCACGACCUCGCGCUCGGGUUGGAAUGCUUGCGAGCGUUGAAGGCGGGCGGGACGGAGCCGGUCGAGCUGCCCGUCUUCGAGAAGAGCUUGCACGGAGGAGAGGGAGACCGACUGCCGCGGGAGCAGUGGGUCAAGGUCGACAACCCGGGCGAGGUUGACGUCGUCGUCUUUGAGGGCUGGAUGAACGGCUUCCGUCCUCUCCCUUCGCCUCCAGCCGAUCACUCGCUUUCUGCGCUCUACUCACUCGCUCGAAACGACCGCCAACAAGCCCGAACAGCACUCGGAAUCGACUACGACGAGCCGUUCCUGCUUGAGCACGACUUGGCGCACCUGGAGAAGGUGCAGGGCAAUCUGGCGGCCUACGAGGAGCUGUGGGGCAUGAUCGAUGCGUUUGUGCAGAUCAAGCCGGAGCGCAUGGGCUCUGUCUGGGAGUGGCGACUUGAGCAAGAGCACAACAUGAAGGCGAAGAAUGGCGGAAUCGGGAUGACGGACGAGCAGGUCAAGCACUUUAUCGCUCGCUACAUGCCCGGCUACGAAGUCUUCCUCCGCGGGAUCGACGACCCGUCGUCGACAUGGACAGGCAAGGGCCUGCGAGUCGUCAUCGGCAAGAAGCGCGAAGUCAAGGCUGUUGAGCGGUUCUGA